AUGCUGGCUUCCGCCACGAGCGGCCGCGAGGGACCGUACCAGGCUGGCUGGGCCUUGAGGCUGGGACGAAGCCUCCGUCCGACGUCGACGACCGGUCGGUUUCGCAAGCACCGUGGCCGGGACGUUGGGCGACGCCGCCGUUCUCACGAAGACACGUCCGCUCCCAUCCUCGGCAUGUUCUGCGGCACGCAGAUGAACCGACCCGACUUAAUCAGACAACAGCAAGCAGGCGAGGCAAGUUUGACUCCACGCCUCCGCCGGGGCCGCCCGACGGUGGACUGA